UAGUAUACUUAUAUCUUUGGGUGUCAGAUUUUGUUGUGAAUUGCAGUGAAUUGUGAUGUUUUCCAUUGUUGUUAAAAACAAAGCCAUAAUUCUAAAAUCACAUUGUUUUGAUGCAUUUUAACUUCCACAUUACGUAGUGAGCAGUGAAGAAAGAUAUUUUAUUUUUACAAAAAAACAAAAGUUUAAGGGUGUGCUGUAUAAUUUUCUCAAGAUGGGUAGUUUGGAUAGAGCAGUUAUAACUGGGUUUAUUUGUCGAUUAUGUUCUGAAAUGCACCGAGUUGUUUUACAUAUCUACGGACACGAAGGCAUUCGUCUAAAUAUAUCUGAAAAGAUUAAUAAGUAUCUUUCAAUAAACGUGUCACCGUCGGACCCAUUACCAAAAACCAUUUGCAACAACUGCUUGGAACGACUGGAAAGUCAACAUAAAUUGGUGAUGCGUAUUGAACAUGCUAGUAAUUUUUUAAAGGGACGUUGUUAACAUGUAGCUUUUAGAUUUUAUAUCACAUUACCUUGUAUUUUUCACCAAAUUGUAAUUGUUUUUGUAUAAAUUUGUUGUUUAGUAUCAAGUGCAAUUUCUGUAAACAGUAAUGAAGACAAGGCAUAUAAUAUUCAUUUAUAAUUUGAGAGGUCUAAUGGAACAAGAAAUAAACAUACUAUUAGCUAAUUUAAUGUAUUCAUCGCGAUUGCUUUUCUAAUCUUGAAGUUAAUAUUGAAUUAUUGAGCUUUUUACAAUGUUUCAAAAUAUAAUUGUCACCUUAGUUGUUUGAAAUAUUCACUGUUCACUGAGAAAGAAUAAAUACCUACCAGACACCAAUAGCUCUGAAUCCAAUUGAAAAAUUAUACUGUUUUUGAGCUGUAGUAG